UGCUACCGGAAACCAAAAGCGUUUAUAGCAACCGGACUGCAGCUGUGGGAGAGAGCCAAGCAAAUAUAGCUAGCAAGGCAACAACAAUUUAUUGAAUUAAAGUUGUCGCUUUGUGAAAUAGGAUUAGACGACUUGUUACAACGAUGAAAAGCGUGGAUGUUCGUCUCCUCUUGUUGUGUCGCUAGUUAUUGUGAUUUAUGACAUAAACUAGAGUGUUAAGUGCUAACAAGUCCAGCUAGCUGCUAUUCGUAGCUACGCCUACAAGGAGACGUGCUAGCGAAAGUUAGCUGAACGUGGAGACCUGACAAUCCAUCGUUCUUUAGCUAGCUAACGUUACAUGACUAGCUCGCUAAGUUAGCUUUACAAAUUGUUGCAACGAUUUGAUUGUUACUACGUUACAGUUUAUUAUAGCUUGUUAUAUUUCGUUUGGUAAAUAAAUAAAAACAGGCGCUAUUCUCUUUCAUUGCGCAGCAAUUGUAUUUUGUUUUAGUCUCGUGCUGUUUGUUGCCUGUUGCAGCUGUAAGAGCCAGACGGUCAUGUAACUGGAUGCAGGAGGUGUUUAAGUGAUCCAGUGGCAGCCCUCCUAAAGCAACACCAGACGGCCUGGAAGUGUGAGGAAAGCCCAGCAACACACAGCCAUGUUGGAGGAGGACAUGGAAGUGGCCAUCAAGGUGGUGGUGGUGGGCAACGGUGCGGUGGGGAAGUCCAGCAUGAUCCAGCGCUACUGCAAGGGCAUCUUCACCAAGGACUACAAGAAGACCAUCGGUGUUGACUUCCUGGAGAGACAGCUACUAGUGAAUGAUGAAGAUGUGAGAUUGAUGUUGUGGGACACGGCAGGGCAGGAAGAGUUUGACGCCAUCACCAAGGCCUACUACCGCGGUGCCCAGGCGUGUGUACUGGUCUUCUCCACCACUGACAGGGAGUCGUUUGAGGCCAUCAGCAGCUGGUGGGAGAAGGUGGAGAUCGAGGUGGGAGACAUCCCCACUGUCCUGGUGCAGAACAAGAUUGACCUUCUGGAUGACACGGUGAUCAAAAAUGAGGAGGCAGAAGGUCUGGCCAAGAAGCUCAAGUUGAGGUUUUACCGAACCUCCGUAAAGGAGGACCUCAAUGUCAAUGAAGUUUUCAAAUACCUAGCAGAUAAGUAUCUGCAGCGACUGAAGCGGCAAACAGCAGAGGAGCCCGAGGUAGUCCAUACAACUAGCAAUAAAAUUGGAGUUUUCAACACCACAAGUAGUAACCUAUCUAGUCAGAACUCCAGCAACGGCCGAGAAGUCAUCAGCUUGCGACCCAACAAACAGAGGACAAAGAAAAGCAAAAACCCCUUUGGUAGCUGCAGCCUUCUUUAGAAUUAAUCCAUUCCCUACAAUACUGUAUGUUUUGACUGCCAUGUGUGAGUGUAAGCGUCUCGAUUGAUGAUUGGCUGUGUAUUAUGGGGGUACAUUCUUUCACAGACCAAAGUCUGCAUAGGAUAUGGUAUUAUAUAUACAUUUGAGCAUAAUCUACAGGUGUAGGUCUUAAUUUGAUCACUCUUUUGUUGCUGAGAAGUGCCCUGCAAAUGAGCUUCAUGAUGGACAUAAAUUCACAACAAAUCUGCACUUAUAAGACACAGUUAUAUUAACAGUAUUGCACUUCAUGUAGCCUAAUUUUGGCCAGCUAAUAGUCUAACCACCGAUCAAGCAACACUAAAAGUUCAAAUCCUGUUGCUGCAGGAUUAUAUUUGCUCCGACAAUACUGGUCAAAUUAAGAUCAAACAUCUGUAGAUCUAAUAUGCACCUGAGUAUUGUGACUACCAUGCCUUUUGAGCAUCUUUACAGAUCAAGUGCAGCCUUCGUUUCUCAUGGAUAGAUGUAUGAAAUAUAAAGCGCAAGUAUGGCAAGAGUAAUAAUAGUGGUUCUGGUGGCUGUAAUGGGUACUACAACCCAACACAGAUGCUAUGUUGUAGCAUGAAUGGAAUGCUUGAAGCAGAUCUUUUGGGAAAUUGUAGUUGGGCGUGGCAGGGUUUCCCCAUUUACACCCUUCAACAUGGUGUAGGGGAGGGUUACAUUCUAGUUCACUAACAAGGCGUAUUUGUAUGUUCAUAUUAUGUGAUUUUUAUAGAUGACCAUUUGUGCAUUUGACUGUUCAUCUGUGCAAAAUGUUUGUAUUGUAAGAAAUAUACAGAUUACUUUGUACCAUAUUUGUUCUAAAUUAUUAAUGGAAUAUGGUUCAAUAUACUGAGUGUACAAAACAUUAGGAACAUCUUCCUAAUAUUGAGUUGCACCCCUUUUGCCCUCAGAAA